GGGAACUUCCUGUUUGUAGUGUGACCGGAAGUGGAUAAAAACAUUGGAGGGAACGAAAAAUAUUCUGUCAUCUGUUGAAAAGGACAACAUAGUCUGUAAGGACUACCUACCUUCUGUCCAGCAGCCAGAUCACCAUGGCGAAAAGGAGGAGCCUGUCCAACCUGGUGGUGUCUUGUAAGUGGGCGUCCUGCACCUUCAAAGGCCACUGCAUGGAGGAGCUCAGUGAACACAUGUCACUGCACCUGAAGGAUCACCUAGGAGACAGAGAUGCUAUGGAAGAACUAGGUGGGUUCGUGAGGGGACUGGCAGAUGACUAUGCAUGUCUGUGGGAGGGCUGUGAGUUCCUGGCUAUGGGCAGCCCCAGGGAGCUGGAGAUCCAUGCUCACUUCCACACCUUCCACAGCAAACUUAAGUUCAUUGGGGAGCAGAUGCUCAAGUCCCACCCCAACUUCCCCAGCUGUACCCAGGACCUCCACAGCAACAACCUGGUCCCCGAGAUCUCAGAGGGACUUGUGUGCCAGUGGGAGCACUGUGAUAGUACAUUUAACAACCCGGAGUGGUUCUAUCGGCAUGUGGACAUGCACGCUCAUUGCACUGGUCUCUCUCCUCUCCCAGACCAGCAGCAGGCCAUCUUCUGCAGCUGGAAAGGUUGUGAUGCAUUCUUUAAGAUCAAGUACCGUCUGCGGGAGCACCUGCGCAGCCACACUCAGGAGCGUCUGGUGGCCUGCCCCACCUGCGGCUGCAUGUUCUCCAGCAACACCAAGUUCUUCGACCACAUCCACAGACAGGCAGAGCCAGAGGAGUCCCUGGUGUGUGAGCAUUGUGACAAAGGCUUUGCCAAUGAGAGACUGUUGAGAGACCAUGUACGACAACAUGUGAACCAUAUCAAGUGUCCCCUAUGUGACAUGACCUGCACCUCUCUCGCCACUCUGAAGAUCCAUAUCAAGUUUCGCCACUGUGACGAGCGACCCUUUCCCUGUGACUUCUGUGAGAGCAGCUUUAAGAACCAGCACGACCUGCGGAAGCACAUGGAGACACAUAAUGAGGGGGCGGCCUACCACUGCUCUGUGGAGGGCUGUGACUACUCCUCCCGCAUGGCCCACACCAUGAACCAGCACUACAAGAGAGUACACGAGGGUGGAAUGGUCUCAAAAUACAAGUGCCAUCUCUGUGACAGAACCUUCUCUUGGUGUUACACACUCACUCUUCACUUGCGCAAGAAACACCACCUGAAAUGGCCCUCUGGACACUCCCGCUUCAGAUACAAGGAGGAUGAAGAUGGCUACCUGAGGCUGAACAUGGUACGUUACGAGACAGUGGAGGUGACUCAGGAGAUCAUGAAGAACAUGGCUAAGAAGAGGACGCCCCAUAAGGGCCCCGGGUCCAGCAGCCGAGCCAAGAGAGCUGCCACCCGGGCAGCCAGGAGUCAUGGCUCUCCCCCUGGCUCCUCCUCCCCCUCCUCUUGCUCCUCUUCCUCAGAGCUCUCUGCCGGGGAGGAGAAGUCAGCCCAGCCCAGCCCCAGGGGCAGUGACUCACCUGUGUACUGUGUACUGAGUAACGUGUCUGAUAUGGGGGAUGACCCCGACGCAACCCGGGACGGCUCUGACUCCUGUGGGCCCUCGGGUGCUGUGAGGGCCCUGACUGAGGUGGCCAGGGGUCUGGGGAUGGAUGUAGUGUGAUCACACACAGACCCUCCUUAUUCUAGUGGUCCAAGUAAACUAUUGACGUUGCCACAUUGUUGUCUCCAACCUUGAUCCUGUAGACUAAAGUAGUGAUACCAACUUGAAUUGUAUCUCAAUGAAUAGGAAUAUUCCAUUCGAUGAAUGCAACCAUUCAUAUCUAACACACUGUCAUUCCUUUGUGAAAUCUGCACUUGGUUGAAGAAAUACAGAUCCAGUAUCUUCUCAGGACCAGUGUUGGAGACCACUAAUGUAGCAUUACUGAAUCACUCCAAUGUUACAGCUGUGCUGCAUGUAUGAUGGCUGGGCUUAACCUGGGAUGGACUGUUUAUUAAAGUUCACUAAAUGUUAGUAUCUCUGGAAGAGAUUUGACAAGAAUGUGAAGACUGUUAGUGCUUACUAUCCCUGAUCAAAUGUUUUAUUUGUUAGUGUUUUACAGUAUUAGCUUUAAUGCGGCGAGGGCGUUGGCAGCAUCAGAAUGUGACACCAUUGACAGCAGUUUUGAAAUCACCUCAGGUUUUUAGUGUAGAAGUCUCAGGUCACUUUAAAAAUAUAUAUAUAUUUUACAUUAAGUUAUAGGUCUUAGGUUUUCCUUUGUGGUCACUGGAUAAUCUGAUUUCAUUAAUGCUGUAGCUUUUGAUUUGACCAAGGUUUUUUAGAUUUAAGUUUUGUCAGUUAUAUUUUUGUAUGUCCAUUUUAGGAACAGUAACCAGACUAACUCAUGAGUUUUAUUUUAUGAACGAAUUUGCACUUUUAUGUUGAACAAAAUCAUUGUUCAUCAAUUUACAGGUGUUUUAAGGGAUGUAAAUCGUUUUUCAACACA